GAGCUACAGAGAUAGACAUCACACACAUCGAUCAAUGAAAGAACAGAAAUGCUGAGACUACUGCUUGAUUUUACACUUGUCAUGGUUUUGAAUGAUUACCUGGUUACUGGAGAUCAAAAGGAGUUCCGUCUGGUCAAUGGUCUAGAUGACUGCUCGGGAAGAGUUGAGAUCCACUAUAAUGGCACAUGGGCGACAGUGUGUGGUGACUCCUGGGACAUUGAUGAAGCUGCUGUGGUGUGCAGACAAUUGGGAUGUGGAAGAGCUGUUAUUGCAGAUGGCCGGGCUCUUUUUGGGGUAGGGGAUCAUCACGUCAACUGUAAGGGAGAAGAGUCAUCCAUCACACAGUGCUCUCCUCAAAGGAAUGAAAAUAAUUGUCCUCAGAGUAAUGAUGCUGGAGUCAUAUGUUCAGCUUCUUCAGUUAUUAUCAUUGGUGCUGUGGUAACAGCUGUACUGCUCAUAUUGUCUGCACUGCUAAUCAUUUUCCUGGUGAGGAAGAGACAAAAACAAAAGAAAAUCCAAAUCUCCCAUUCAAAAGAUGCAGUUAAUAUGCAAGAUGUGCUCCAUAAUAACCAGAAUGAAGAGAACGCUGAAGAUGACUAUGAGCUUGUAGAUAUGGAUGAUGGUGAUCAUGAAGAUGUAAACUCUGACUCUGAUCAGGAUUAUGUUAAUGUAGAUCAGGAUGACUCUGAACCAGACUACAUCAAUGUGGAAACAGACGAUUCAGAAAAAGACUAUGUCAAUGUCGAUCUUACAGAACACAGAAGUACACUGGGCAAUAACUAUGAAGAUUUAUGAAAGCUAUUUGAUGGAAAAUAUUACUAAUUGUCAAUUUUUCACAAAAUAAAGGACCUAGGACCUUCUGAAUGGAUAACAGCACUAAAUACCAGAAAACAGUCCAUUAACGCACAAAAGUGCCACACAACAACGGAGCCAGAAUUUCCAGACAAGGAACAAACUAAGUCAGCAGUGAAUUAUUCCUUAUAUCCAAUAAUCAGUGUCCAAGUAUGAAUAAUUCUUUGUAUAUGAAGAGAACAAAGACUCUUUGGUCAUUAUUAAGCGCUAAUAUUAAAUAAGAUGCUUAUGAUUUCUCUAGAAAUCUCUGUAAUGUGAGUGUGGAUUCUCUUUUCCUGUAGCAAAGUAUCAGUUUGUCUACUUCGCUGAAAAUGGUGGCACUAGCAAAUUAGCAGUUGUUAACAGAGCUUUAGCAACAAGUAUGAACAUUUAUUAGUAGUAAUGAAGUGUUUUUGACAGCUUUUCAAGGUGUGUUCUAUAAAGAAGCAAGCGAUAAGGAACCUCGAAGAGAGAAAGCAGUAGCUGUAUCCGUUUACAGUGUGACACAACUACCCACAACCCCUCUGCUUUGUGUCUUCCUCUCUCUUUGUUGUUAUUGUUAGACACCCGCUAAUGAGUUACUGUGUGAUGUCUGCCUUUGAUUAUGACUGCCCACUGGAUACCUAAAUAAUUUAAUUUAAAUUAAAAUGUUUAAACAACAGUUUAAUAUAUGUUUGUACUCUGCACAAGUUUUCUCUGAAUAUAACUCAUAUUAUAAAAUUACAACUGCGAAUACACUGUAAAUCUAGUUUUUAUAUAUCUGGACUAUAAGGAAAUGUGAAAAUGUUCACAGUCUCUGCACUCCGUGUCCAAAAGGGCACUUCCUCAAAUCUGCUUCGCAGCUUAAUCAGUGUAUUAACACAUUGUGAGAACAGAGCUAUUCUCCAAAUGUGUUAAAAAUGCAUCGGCCUAAAUCAGGAAAAUGAUUAGGAAAUCCCACAGAAUGCUACUCUUUAACUCCAUUUCAGAGUACUGCAUAUCUGAUGUGGUUUCUUAAUUCCCUUUUGUCAUUUCUAUCACAUGUUUGUUUCACUUCUUUGCAGAGAUCGUUUGAUAUUUUGCAUAUGAAGUCAUUCCGUCUCUCUUUCUUUUAUAGAUGCAAAUUAAACAAACUCUAACAUUUUACUUGAAGCAUUGGCUUACCGUAUUUGCUGUCAGUGAAGAAAUACAGCAUACCAGCAGGGGUUUGAUGUCAAACAGACAAUUCCUGACCCCCCACAUGACAACAGUGAGGUUCAGAUGCUCUUUUAA